CAAAUCGAUUCAUGGUUGUUUACAAUUUAAAGCAAUUUAUUUCGGACGUGUUAACGAAAGUGUGUAUUUUAAAAGAAAUCUGUUUUUUAGGGCUGUUGUCCAUGAAACAUCAUUUUAGAAAUUGAUAAUUAUAUUUAGUAGGUAAUUUUUAUUUUUUUUUCCCGGAAAAAAUCUAUGUUUUGGGAGAGCCUUGAAGAAACGUGUUGAGUGUGUUGCACAUUCCUUGUGGACCACUUACAACUAGCCAGCUAACAUGUCUAUGUGGAAGAAAGCAUCGAAAACCAAUCAGAAGGUUCACAGGGAGCGACACCAACCAGAAAGCAGGAAGCACCUGGGCCUGCUCGAGAAGAAGAAAGACUACAAAGCUCGGGCCAGAGAUCACCACACAAAAGAAUGCACACUGAAGGGGCUGAGAAAGCGUGCCUUGAAUAGAAAUCCAGAUGAGUUCUACUUUCACAUGAUCAACUCCCGCGUGGUGGAUGGCAUGCACCAUGAACUAGAAAAAGAUGAUGAGCACACUCCGGAUCAGAUUCGCCUCAUGCAGACCCAAGAUCUCCGUUACAUCUCAACCAGAAGGACCAUCGAAGCAAAGAAAAUAGAUCACUUGCAGUCGGAGCUUCACAUGCUGGAUGCGGCAAACAAGACCAGAAAUAAGCACAUCUUCUUUGUCGAUACUCUGCGUGAAGCUAGGAAAUUUGAUGUGGUCCAGCAUUUGGAAACGCAUCCGGCACUGCUGGAUCGUAAGAUCAAUCGGCCGAGACUGGCAGAUUUGGAAAAGCUCUCGCUCCCAGCUGUGGACGAAGCCACAGUUCAAGCGGCGACAUUCAAGAAGGUGGCAGCGUACAAGCAGCUGAAGAAGAGGAUUGAUCGAGAGAAGGAACUUAGUGUGAUUCAGCGAAAACUUGAGUUGAAGAGACAUUUACACAGUAAGAAGGAGGAAGUUCCAAAAAGAAUCAAACCAGGAACCAAGACUGCGCCACCCGUUUACGAAUGGAAAUAUGAAAGAAAACGGUAACAAAUUCUGUUUGUAAGGGCCUUUGUAUUGUACCACAUAAAGUGUAAAGAAAACUGUAACAAAUUCUGUUUGUAAGGGCCUUUGUAUUGUACCACAUAAAGUGUUAUUCAUGAAAUUACUAUAAAAAAAAUGUCCUUAUGUUGAGCCAAUAAUAAUUAUGAGAAACAUAAGGAAAUGUAUUCACAAUUCAGACAACUCUUACUUUAUACACAACAGUGUCCCAUUGUGGCUUCUCUUGCUAUCUUAAAUUUGCACAGAUUACAUCAAUCUUUGACAAAAAAAACUUUGAAUUGUGUUAAAAGAAUUUUCUUUCUACCUAUGUACUAAAGGUCUCAAUACAUUGUUUUGCAGAGCUUCAAAAUAUUUUAAAAUAAAUUACAUAGAAGGGAAUAUAAAUAUUGCCUAUAAUUAUGUAAAUAAAGCACUCAAGUUUCUAAAAAAAAACACAAUUUUAUUUAACCAUUCAACACACUUGAUACAUUUUAAUAUAAAUGUUUUAAAACAAAAUCAUUUUUACGGUAACAGAACCUACAUAACUGUUAAUUUGCACACAACAUUUUCACAGGAUGUCUUAAAAGUAACUAUAAAAAUAAUAUUAUACACCUAGAAUUUCAAUUUAUUUAUAUUAAAACUUUUUUAAUAACCAAUUUAUGCAGAGCAUGAAAAUAAAUUAUUGUGCAAGUUCAGCUGUUGGCACUAGAUGUAGGGUUUGUAUAUUGUGCAGUUUAAUAAAUAAAAUACUGUCAAAAGUUAAAAUAACAAA